GUCACUGCGAUGCCCCCCAAACACCCCCGAGCUCCGAGACGCCUAGCAAAGGCAGGUGGCUUAAACUCUGCGCCGCAGCUCGAGCGGGAGGUGGUGCCGUGGGAGGCGCUCAUCCCCCGCCCCUCACGGCUGAAGCGCCUGAGCGGAGCGGCAUCUUCCCUUGUCUCAUUGGAGGGAGGCGCCGCCGCCGCCGUGGAGAAGGGCAGAACAGGAGUGGGUCCAUAUGGAGGAUGAAUCUUCUCUUUCCCAUGGAAUUAGUGCCAAGGUGACACAAAGCACUUUUUUGUCAGCCCUGAAGAUGCUGGAUGUUGGGAAAUGGCCAAUUUUUUCUCUCUGCUCUCAAGAAGAACUGAAGUUAAUUCGUCAAGCCUGUGUGUUUGGCAGUGCUGGUAAUGAAGUGCUAUAUACAACUGAAAAUAAUGAGGUUUUUGGUCUUGGCACAAACAGCAGUGGAUGUUUGGGAACUGGUGAUAUUCAAAGUACUAUUGAACCUCGGAGAUUAGAUACCUUAUGUGGCAAAAGGAUAGCCUGCCUGAGCUAUGGAAGUGGUCCACAUGUUGUUCUUGCUACUGCAGAAGGAGAAGUGUACAGCUGGGGUCAUAAUGCUUAUAGUCAGCUGGGCAAUGGCACAACAAAUCAUGGAUUGGUUCCCUGUCAAGUCUCUACUAAUUUGGUUAACAAGAAAGUAAUUGAAGUCACCUGUGGCUCUCAUCAUUCUAUGGUGUUAACGUCUGAUGGUGAGGUAUAUACAUGGGGCUAUAAUAAUUCUGGACAGGUUGGAUCAGGUUCAACAGCUAAUCAGCCAAUUCCUCGAAGAGUUACCAGUGGCAUACAAAAUAAGAUAAUUGUUAAUAUAGCUUGUGGUCAGAUGUGCUCUAUGGCUGUGGUGCAAAAUGGAGAGGUCUAUGCGUGGGGUUACAAUGGUAAUGGCCAGCUUGGAUUGGGAAACACUGGCAAUCAGCCAACACCCUGCAGAAUAGCAGCUUUGCAAGGCAUUCGUGUGCAGCAGGUUGCCUGUGGCUAUGCACAUACAUUAGUGCUGACAGAUGAAGGACGUAUUUAUGCUUGGGGAGCCAAUUCAUAUGGCCAGUUAGGGAUUGGCAAUAAAAAUAACCAGUCUUACCCUGCACCAAUUAUUGUGGAUAAAGACAGAGUUGUAGAGAUUGCAGCCUGCCACUCUGCUCACACUUCUGCUGCUAAAACCCAGAGUGGCCAGGUAUACAUGUGGGGUCAGUGCCGUGGCCAGUCUGUGAUUCUUCCACACCUCACCCACUUUGCCUGUACAGACGAUGUGUUUGCUUGUUUUGCUACUCCUGCAGUGACAUGGCGCCUUCUAUCAGUAGAACCUGAUGACCACCUAACAGUAGCCCAGUCACUGAAGAAGGAAUUUGACAACCCUGAAACUGCAGACUUGAAGUUUCUAGUGGAUGGAAAAUACAUUCAUGUUCAUAAAGUUCUUCUCAAAAUUAGGUGUGAGCAUUUUCGUUCUAUAUUAAGUAACAAUGAUGAUGAAAUAAUAGAAAUGAGUGAGUUCCCUUAUCCUGUUUACCGAGCUUUCCUGGAAUAUCUGUACACAGACAACAUCAGUCUCCCUCCUGAGGAUGCAAUAGGGCUGCUAGAUUUGGCAACAUUGUAUAGAGAAAAUAGAUUGAAAAAGCUUUGUCAACAAACAAUCAAACAAGGCAUUUGUGAGGAGAAUGCCAUUGCUCUUCUUUCAGCUGCUGUUAAAUAUGAAGCUCAGGACUUAGAAGAAUUUUGCUUCAGGUUUUGCAUAAACCACUUGACUGUAGUUACUCAAACUCAAGGCUUUGCAGAAAUGGACCAUGAUCUUCUGAAAAACUUCAUUAGCAAAGCAAGCAGAGUGGGAGCAUUUAAAAACUGAAGCAAGAGCAUGCAUUUUUUCAGCUGCGCACCAAGUAUUCAUCAUGGAAACAUUUCUCCUCUGAGAAACCUACCAGCAGUCAGAAUUGAUGAAAGCUUGGAAAGAGUACAGCAUCCAUUUAGUUCAUGUCAGUGGGCUUAGGGAAACCUGUGUAGCCCAAUAUCUGUAUUUUGUGGAGACGGGUACAAAAUGGCUGGACUCUCAUCAUGCAAUUUGCCAAAAUCUGAAUUUUACACAAAAACAAGCAAGCCUAAUGCAGUUACUAAUGUUUCCCCCUUUGUAUAAUCAAACAGAUUGAGUUUUUACUGUUUUCCUUUUGUACUUUUUCCUGCCUUGAACAUUUUUAUGUUUUUGCAAUCAGUCCAUUACUAUCUUCAUUUGAGUUUAGACGAUAGUACAAAGUUAAAGUAUGCACUUUUAAAACUAAUCUAGAUCAGUGAGCUAUGUGAAAGUUCCUUUCUGGUUAACUUAUCAGCCCUCCAAGAGGUGUGAUAGAAGGACAAGUUUCUAUCUUAUGUGAUAAAGGACCAUUCUCUCAUGAGGAUGCAGGUGACCAUUAGAGGUUUUUUUAUUUAUCCAAAGAAUAAACAGGACGUGUGAGAUCUAUUCAUUCAUUUAGUGUAUAACUUGUAAAAAAAAAAAAUAUCAAGGACUUAUGUUGAAUAUAGCAGUCUUGAAUUCUUGGGUCUUAUGUUCAUGUGUAGACUAAAAUUAUUUCCUUGUUCAGCGUACAUUAUGUAUUUAUGUCCUCUAGUUUCAAUGAAACUAACUUUUAAUUGGCUUUUAUCAUGGAAUGAGUUAUUGCACUGUGUUUGUUUUGCUGCUCAAAUAUGCAACUCAUCACUUAUUAAAAUAAACUCGGGGAGAGGAAAUUACCAGUUGAUUUUUUUAAAGUCAGAGUUCACAGAUAAGUGCAUGACAUAAUAAGUAGGGGAAGAAGUAUAGAUUUGAAGUUAUAAAUCAAUCUCUCUCAUGAUAAAACCGUAAAAGUUAAACUUGCCAUGGUAAACAGGUGUCAUGCAAAUGCUUUAACAAUGACACUGUGGAGACUACUAUAAUGUGCUAAAACUUGCACAGGAAAACUUCUGGACUGUGAUAAAUGAUGUUGAGAUUGUUACAUUAUGUUUACCAGUAUUGGUUUCUCUUCUAAUGUACAAGUCUAACUCACCUGUAAGUUGCAUUUACAGAAACUAAUUUUUGUUGGAAAAACGGGCUUCAAAGAUCUUUUACAACAUGAUCUUUUACAAUUGGACAAAGAAAGACAGAAAGGAUGGUCCAAUAGCUAGAACACAAGCCUGGUGCUUGAGACUUGGUUCAUGUGCUUGGGCAAGACACUCACCCAGAUCUUCUAAAAGUAUUUAGGCAACUGCCGUAGAGAUUGCCUGCCUCAGUUCUCCAACAACAAAAUGAGAACCCCAGCAUGCACAUGACAGGGUUGUUGGGAAGGUAAAUCCAGAAUAGCAAAGGUGACCAACCUGCAGGAUGUGUCACAAGUGGCACAGGCAACCUGUGUGUGGGGUACAUGAUGGAUUGAGGAGGGGACAGGCAACACUGUGGCAGACAGAACAGGCAGCAGAAAGCAGAGCAGCAGAUGUGGCAAGGAGCACAGGGCAGGAAGCAGAGCAACAUAUCAGUCAAGGAAAAAUGGAUUUGAGUGGUACUUGGAAAGCACAGGGCUUAAUUUGUUGCAUACCUGCCAAAAGAAAGGUUGGCCUCUACUGCAGUUGGAUAUGAGGUAUUUGGAAAAUGGGCCAGUUGAAUACUUCAGAACAUGCACUUCAGAACAAUUAAUUUGGUUUUGCCACUCUUUCAGUGAUUGUGUUAUGACUCACUCCAUCAUCAGAAAUACUGUAUUUGUGUUAAACAGGAGAGCUGCUCAAAAGUUUUCAGGCCAAAAAUGUUCUUUCAUCAAAACUAAAGCUUUCCAGAGAAACAUGCUUAUUUUGGCAGAUUAGUUUUGAAAAGCCAGAGAAAGGCAUUCUGAGGAGGCUGAAACAUUCAAUACCUGAAAUAUCUAAUACCUUUGGAUCAGUGCUUUGAUCAUUGUUUCAAAACCAUUUUAACACACUUUUCAACGCUUAAAAAGAGAUGUUCUUAUUGAUACAAAAGUAUAUUUUUGGAAAAGUUUGUUUCAUUAGAAAUCUUGACAGUUCUUCCCAGAAUCCCAACAAAAGCAGAUUUCCUACAUACUGAUCAUCCUGGCUCUUGCACAUGUCUCCUUAACUGUCUCUAUUUGUAAACUUUAUUCAAAUGAACAAAGUAUUAUUUCCAGGCUGAACUAGGCAUCCACUCCUGCAUUUCAUCAGUGAGGGAAGGAUAAAUUUCCAUAUCAAUGUAUUUGUAGGGAAGCAUGAAUUCAGGAAAGCCAGUUCCCAAGAAUGCAGCACCUCCUUUAUUCUUGUUUCUCCGACUAUUUUUUUUUUUUUUGGUCUUCUUUGCAUGUAUAAAACUUUUGUGUCUAUGUUCUCAGAAUGGUUUUGUAAUAACAACAACAAACUGGAAUGGUGAAAAAACAUCUAGUAUAGAGCAGUGUUCAUUUUGAAGGUGAAAUGAAGUAGUCUUGGUUUGCUUAUUCAAAGGAGGAUUUAGUGUAUUACUUGAUGAAAGCAGUAAAAUAGCAUUUUAAUACAGUGCCCUCUGAAUGCUUGUAUUGUAUAUUUAUUUAGUUCUCAUUCACAUGGAUCCAUGACACACCAAUACAGAUUUCUUCCCUUUACACUUAGAAGGCCAAGCUUCACAUUCCAUCAGUUCAGAUGCAUGUGCACCUAUCCAGGUGUGUGCGCUCAACUAAAUUGAGCGGAGAGCAUUUUUUUUAAAGCUGGAGUACCAAAGUCAAGGGUGCGCCAUUCCUCUCUGGGAACUGGAUACAUGUGUAUCAUUGUCAACCAGUAGUAAGUAAACCAGGUCAGAUAUCAGUGAAAAAGUACACUUUUGGAACUAUAAUUCUUGAUAACUGAGGCACUCAUUAAAAAACUUGAAUAAGCGGCAAAAACUAAAAUAACUUUGGAAAACCAACGAGACGGAGCCUUCCACUUAACCCCAGGGGAAGCAGCAGUGAAUAAUUUGUUACGUUAACUGAAGCUUUAAAGGAAGAAAAAUAGAAUGCAUUCAUAGUUUGAGAGGUCUACCACCGUGAUUGAUGUUAGUAGGCCUAGCACCACGGCAUUCUCCUGAACCCACCUUUGGAAUGAUAAAGCUUUAUUGCAGUGUAUGACCACUCUGUAAAUUGCCAAAUUAUACAAUUUUUUAUGGCCUAAACACAAUUCUUCCCCCGGGCUUCCCUUGUAAAACAAAACCUUUUUUCUUUUGCAAGAAUGGAAAUGUAUGUGGCUUAACACCUAAUGAAGUAUGUAGCCUUAUGACAAAAUAUCCAGCAAACUUUAAAGUUCUGUAUCAAGUCACCUGGGUUACUGGACUAUCAAUAAAAAGUGUAUAAAGUUUA